AUGAGCCACCAAUCUCUUUCUCCCGCUGUUGUGUACACUGCCAUGUCGGAUGACAAGUCGACGCAGACCCGUCGUACGACAAGCACUACAAGCAGUAGUAGCGCCGACGAACGACUGUACAUGCCGGCGCUGAGCAGUUUCAAGACUUGCUCUUUGGUGUUGGGUCUAUUGGUGGGUUUCUUUAUUUACUUGUCGACACUGGGUGCCGAGUUUGUGGGAGUCAUGCUGUGGGGCCGUGAGAUCCUCAACAAGUCGAACCACGAAUUGAUUCUCUUUUCGCUCAUGUGGAAUUUCAUCACGACCAUGAUUGCCAUUGUGAUUCUGUCAUCGAUGCGUCGCUUGGUCACCAUUGUGUUCAUGGCGUCCGUCUCCAAGGAACGUCAGAAUGCGGAAGAUGUCUUGUGCGAAUUGUUGAGUUACAUGGAAGGACGCUUUGCCGUUGGUGCCUUGGUCGGAAUCUGCACCAGUUGGAACGUCACCAACGUUGUGUUGGGCAUGCGUCCGCAAAUCAUUCAAUCUUGUGUCAUUCUCGCCGUCGCCUGCUUGUGGUGUCGCGUCACUUUGGUCUUGUUGGGAUCUCCAGAACAAGCCUUGAUUCAUGAUGACGAAGAAGAAGAAGAAGAGGAGCAAGAUCAAAUCAGCACUCCUCUUCUCAAUGUCUAA